CUGACAGAAAGCUUAUUCAAGGUAUAGAAACGAUGCUAUUGGCGACGGGCAUCGGUCAAGUCCGGUGUUCAGCCCUACGUUCUGGCUGAGCAAUGCAACCCAAGGAACGCGCGCCGAGACUACCGAGGGUCCGUUCGCAUGGCUAGCAAGCUGCGGGACAGCCAAGUCGAGGAGUCAUUAUGACACGCGGCUUUUUAACCUUUUGGUCGCAGAUAGAAAAAGAAGUCCAUGCGUUCCUGGACGGGAUCCCACACUUCUAUUAUAUAGUCUCCUCUUCGUGUCGUUAAGAAUCCACAAUAACAGCCACGUUCGACCCAAAAACCUAGACGGAGUUAGGGUAUAGACUAGUGCUUACGCCGGACUCCGCCUCCUCUCCAGCCCCAGACGAACCCCCCCCCCCACCGUAUAAAACAAUCAAAACUAUGAUUCCCUGCUUGGCUACUACAAAAUCCCCCGUCAAUAUUCAUGGAAAUCAUGCGACACCGUAAAUAUAUUAACAAAAGGUCUCGUACGGGAUGUCGGACGUGUCGAGCCCGCCAUGUCAAGUGCGACGAAGCGCCUGGGGCCUGUAGAAACUGCACGUCGAGUGGUCGCGCCUGUGAGGGCUAUGACCUCCAGCGACUCCCGCCGCCAUGUCGAACGAACAAAAGGAAGACGCCCUGGGCCAAGUUGCUCCCGGAGGUCGGCGGCGGCAUUCGCUGGAUUACCAACACUGACGAGCUCCGCUGUUUCUCCUACUUUCAGUACUACACCAUUCCCACCUUGUCGAGCUUCUUCAACUCCACGCUCUGGGACAAGCUGAUCCUCCAGAUGAGCUAUACCGAGCCCGCGGUCUACCACGCCGCCGUGGCCCUGAGCGCCAUCCACCAGGACGUCGAGAUGCACGGCAUGCCCCUGCCGGGCCAGGAGCUCUACAACACCUGGCACCGAUUCACCAUGGAACAAGCCGGCCGGGCCUACGCCAUCCUCAACGAACGGCACUAUUCCCAAGACCCCCGCCUGCGCCAGGUUAUGCUCCUCUGCUGCCUCCUCUUCGUGCUCAUAGAACUCCUCCGUGGCCGCUACGACGACGCCUUCCAACACCUCGAAGGCGGGCUCCGAAUCCUCAAAGAGCUCAAAGCCCAACGCCAACUCGUCACCUGGAGUUCGCACGAAUCCGCCGUCGAAGAAUGCCUGGUCGCCGCAUUCGCCCAACUGGACAUCCAGGCCGCGAACUUCAAAACCGGCGGCUCCAUCCUCCGCAUCGAAAACGAACUCUCCGACUACCUCCACUCCGAUCCCCCGUUAUUCACCUCCCUCCGCGACGCCCGCCGCGCCGCCGAACCCCUCCUCAGCCGCGCCUUCAAUUUCCUCAUGAAAUCCUGGUCCAUGUCGCCCAAGGAAGUCUCCCUCUCCUACAAGUACAUGCACGCAGAGCAACAAUCCCUCCUCUCCGAAAUCUCCCACUUCUCAUCCACCUUCGAUGCCUUCACCGCCACCGCCUACCCCCGCUUGCCCCGCAAAGACCAAAUGGGCGCCGACAUGAUCAAUAUCUUCCGCCACACUACCUCCCUCUCCAUCCGCACCGCUCUUAUCCGCGACGAGAGCCUGCUAGCCACAUAUCAGCCCGAAUAUAGGGCGAAUCUCCUCUUAGUCGAAGACGUCAUGUUCAAGUUCCCUGAACGGCCGAACUACACCCUCGACAUGGGGGUCACGCCCCCGCUGUAUAUUAUCGCCAUGGGGUGUCCCGAUUACAGUCUGCGGUGGCGGGCGAUUAGGCUGCUAAGGGAGUGGCCGCAUCGCGAGGGGGUGUUUGAUUCCAAUUGGGCGGCGUUUAUUGCGGAGGAGCAUAUUAAGCUUCAGUUGAGGGGGAGGGGGUGUGAGGGUGUGUCGAGUGAAGGGGAGGGGUGGGUUGCAUGCAAGGGGAAAGGUAAGGGGAAGGGGGAUUUGGAGGGGCGGUGGUCCACUGAGGAGUAUUCGAUUGAAGAGGGGUUGGAGAAGACUAAGUGUAUGGAGGACUGGCCGUGCGUGAGGUCGCUUUUGGGGGCGAGGAGGCGCUGUGCGCUUUGAUUAUGUAUGUUA